GAGUUGAUUUUUCCAUUCCAAAAGCGAGCGCAACGAACUCUUGUUCUGUUUUCUUCUUCGCUAUGAGCUCAGAUGCGAGUAGAGAACGAGGUGCAUCAACCGUGGUAGAGCGGAAAUUUCAAUGUAGAACACUUUUGUUUUUGGCAUACCAAAGUUUUGGCUUUUUGUUUGGUGACUUGAGCCUAUCCCCACUUUAUGUUUAUCAAAGUAUUUUUUCUGGAAGACUAAAACCAGUCCAGAAUGAAGAUGCAAUAUUUGGCGCAUUUUCUUUGAUAUUUUGGACUGUUUCAAUUGUUUCUUUAUUGAAGUAUUCAGUUAUUCUUUUAAGUGUAGAUGAUAAUGGCGAAGGGGGAAUUGUUGCUUUGUAUUCACAGCUUUGCAGAAAUGCAAAAUUUUGUUUGCUUCCUAAUCAUCAAGCUUCGGAUGAGGAGCUUUCUACAUAUCUCAAACUUGGUUCCUCAAAUAGAAUACCACCAUCUCCUUUGAAAAGAUUCAUUGAGAAACACAAGAGUACAAAGAAGGCUUUGCUUAUUUUUGUUUUACUGGGUGCUUGCAUGGUAAUUUGUGUUGGUGCACUCAUGCCUGCCAUUUCUGUUCUUUCAUCCAUUAAAGGCCUGGAAAUUGAAGCAAAGAUUACAAACAAAAGUGUGCUGUCUCGUAUUUCCUGUGUUCUAGUGAUUGGACUCUUUGUUAUGCAACACCGUGGCUCCUACAAGGUUGCAUUUGUAUUUCCUCCCAUAAUCAUUCUAUGGUUACUUACUAUUUUCAUGAUUGGCAUUUACAAUGUCAUCAAGUGGAACCCACGAGUAUAUGGGGCUCUUUCUCCGCACUAUAUUUACAAGUUCUUUAGGCUAACAGGAAAAGGUGGUUGGGUUAAUCUUGGAGGAGUAUUUCUGUGUGUUACAGGAACUGAAGCUAUGUUUGGAGACCUUGGUUACUACAGACAAAUACCUUUGAGGGUUGCAUUUUAUUGUGUCAUUUACCCAUGUUUAGUUCUUCAAUACAUGGGGCAGGCUGCUUUUCUUUCCAAGAAUUUAUCUGCAGUGCAUAUAAGCUUUUAUGCUUCUAUUCCAGAUGUUCUAUUUUGGCCAGUAUUUGUGGUGUCUGCUUUGGCGGCAGUAGUUUCAAGUCAGGCUGUCAUUGCUUCAGCAUUCUCAACAGUCCAACAAUGCCAUGCAUUUGAAUGUUUCCCUCGAGUUAAGGUUGUGCAUUCCAGAAGGUGGAUCCCUGGCCAGACAUAUAUACCAGAGAUAAACUGGAUUCUUAUGAUAAUAAGCUUGGCUGUGACAGUUGGUUUAGGAGACAUAAACAGAAUAGGACAUGCUUAUGGAAUUGCACAUCUGAUUCUUGUGUUUGUGACCACAUGUUUGACAUCACUAGCCAUCAUCCUUGUAUGGAAUCAAAGUCUUAUAAUUGCUCUGGCGUUUGCUUUAUCCUUUGGUUCGAUAGAGAUUCUCUUCCUGUCAUCAUAUAGCCUGAAAAUCCUUAAAGGUGGCUGGAUUCCACUCGUGCUUUCUGCAGUCUUCAUGGUUGUAAUGUAUGCGUGGCAUUAUGGUUCCAGGAAAAAGUAUUUAUUUGACACGCAUAACAAAGUUUCAACGAGGACCAUCCUAGCAUUAGGUCCUAGUCUUGGGAUUGUUAGAGUUCCUGGAAUGGGCCUUAUCUACACUGGAUUGGCUACUGGAAUCCCUGCCAGUUUUACUCAUUUCUUGACAAAUCUGCCAGCUUUCUACCAAGUGGUUGUUUUUGUUUGUGUUAAGACUGUACCUGUGGCUCGUGUGCGACGUGAGGAACGUUACCUCAUUGGUCGAAUUGGUCCCAAAUCUUACCGGUUGUAUCGAUGCAUUGUCCGAAAUGGUUAUAAAGAUGUGUGCAAUCACGAAAAUUAUUCUGAAAAUGAUUUUGAAAAUGAACUGGUGAUGAGCAUAGCUGAAUUCAUUCAAUUGGAAGCAGAAGGUUGCUCUGGAAAGGCAGAAGGUUCAGCGGAUGGACGGAUGGCGGUGGUGAGAACAUCAGGGAAGUUUGGGACACGAUUGCUGAUGUCGGAAUCUUCUUCUUUUCAGGAAGGCAACAAUAUUAAUCUUCCGGGAGCUUUGACCGUUACUAGCAGUAAAUCUCCAAUAUUGAAGAGGCUGCAGGCCAUGUAUGAGCGGGAAUCGCCUGAACACAUCACUAGACCACGAAUUCGAUUUGAGUUGCAAAAUGUAAUAUAUAAUGACCCACGGGUCAAGGAAGAACUCAUGGAACUGGUAGAAGCCAAGUGCACUGGAGCAGCGUAUGUAAUUGGGCAUUCUAACGUGAAGGCCAACUGGAACUCAUCAUUUAUAAAGAAGUUUGCUAUCGACCUCUACUCUUUUCUCCGGAAAAAUUGUCGGGCCCCUGUUGUAGGACUAAACAUUCCUUCGAUUUCUCUGAUUAAGGUAGGAAUGAAUUACCAUGUGUAGCUUAAGUUGUGACUGUUUUGACAGGGGAUGUAUGUAACGUGUAACAAACCGAGUACUGAGUGGGAAAAGCAGGCAGAGUUAGUCACAUCCCAGGAACACGUAGAGGAAUAUCCUAUAAUGGGAGACCAGAGGAAAAGUGAGGAAGAGGAAAAGCAACAUUAAAUUCAAAGAUUAUGUGACGUAGUGGGUGUGUCUCUGGUAUGUGAAACCUCUGCCUUUCUGACUUUCUCUCUCUGUUAUCCUUCACCAUAUUUCUUGAUUAUUCUCUCCUCGUUCUCCGGUUCCUCUGCCGUGAAAAUCCUCUCUCAUCCGUCUUACAUAUGUUUCUUUUCUCUGCAAUAUGUUAUGCAGCUUGAUACUUUUACAUCAAUAAAAUUCCACGUUCUUACCCAUUUCUGAGUUAUAUAUCAGUUGAUAUUAUUGGUUGUUCCUGUAUUUUUAUAGUCUUUGUGCACACAGUUACAAUGUAAUCUAUGCAAGCCAAAAAAGAAUUCCCCUUA